AUGUCGCUGAUGACAAAAUUCGUCAGUUUCGUCAGUCUGAAUCAUCCCGGAGUUGUUCACGAGUUCCAUGGUCCAAUUCCGAUAGCCGCAUGCCAAUCCAAAGCCUUGGUAUUGGUGAGUACCGUGAGCAUCGUGAAUAGGGAUCAGGUUGCCUUUACAGUUCGCAAUAUUCAGCCCUGGAGAUCAAUGACUUGGUCUUGGGCCAAACCACCUUCGAGUUUACGUUCUCGACGCCUCCGUGUUGCCUCUUUUGCCAUGAACUUCCAAAAGGAAAUAUCAGGCAAAUCAGAAGGCAAAAAAGAUGCGGAGAAAAGAGAUGAUCAGUGCCGGAUGCAUAAGAUCCAUACAAUUCUCAUCUGA